AUGAAACACUUCGAGGUGCAAGCUAUUAUAGGGCCACAACAAUCAAUUCAAGCUUCAUUCGUGAUUGAUCUUGGAGAAAAAUCUCAAGUGCCAGUUCUGUCUUUCUCUGCAACAAGUCCCUUUCUUUCUCCUCUUAAAAGUCCUUAUUUUGUAAGGACAACUAUUGAUGAUUCAACUCAAGUCAAAGCCAUUGCUGCCAUUAUCCAAAACUUUGAAUGGAAGGAAGUGGUUCUGAUAUAUGAAGAUACCGACUAUGGAAAUGGGGUUAUACCCUAUUUCAUUGAUGCCUUCCAGGAGAUUGACAUCCGUGUGCCAUAUAGAAGUGCCAUUCCUUUGGAUGCAACUGAUGAUCAAAUUUUAGAAGUUCUUCAUAAUUUGACAACCAUGCAAACUAGGGUUUUCAUUGUCCACAUGUCUUCUUCUUUAGGAUCUCGACUUUUUAUUAAUGCAGAAAAUGCAAGAAUGAUGAGUCAAGGUUUUGCUUGGAUUGUCACUGAUGGGUUAUCAAGUUUAUUGGCUCCCAUAGACUCCAAUGCUGUUGAUUCAAUGGAAGGAGUAUUGGGUGUAAGACCAUACAUACCAAAGUCAAAAGAGCUUGAAGAAUUUAAAGUCAAAUGGAAAAGAAGGUUCUACUCAAACAAAUCAUAUAGUGAAAUAUCUGAUCCAACUCUCUAUGGGAUAUGGGCAUAUGAUACAGUUUGGGCACUAGCUAUGGCAGUAGAGCAAGUUGGAACCUUGAAUCCUCAGUUCUUGAGUGGGAACACCACCAACAAUUUAACUGACAUAUCAAGCCUUGGAUACUCGCCAAUUGGUCCCCAACUUCUCCAUUCUAUCUUGAGCACCAGAUUUAAAGGCCUGAGUGGUGAUUUCCGUUUGGUUAAUGGACAGUUGGAAUCUUCUACUUUUCAAAUAUUCAAUGUGAUUAGGGAAGGGGAAAGAGUGAUUGGAUAUUGGACACCAACAAGAGGCAUUUCAAGGCAGUUAAACCCAACAAAUAAGUUCACAAAUUUGAAUUCUAUGAGUAGUCUCAAAUCUAUUUUAUGGCCAGGGGACUCAGCAAUUAUCCCAAUGGGUUGGGAUGUACUGAUAAAUGGUAAAGAGAUCUUACAAAUUUUGGUUCCAAGUAAAGAUGGUUUCAAACAAUUUGUGGACGUUGAAAGAGACCCCUUCACUAAAAAGAUAAUUCAUAUCACAGCGUUCUCUCUUGGCGACUAUAAUUUGCUUAUUGAUGAAGUUUACAAUAAGAGAUUCAAUGCAGCAGUGGGGGAUGUAUCAAUUUUGGCGAAUCGAUCUAAUUAUGUAGAUUUCACAAUGCCUUAUACAGAAUCUGGGGUGACAAUGGUGGUGCCAAUGAAAGAUAAUUUGGAGAAAGAAUUCUGGAUGUUCGUAAAGCCUUUAAGCCCAGGUCUUUGGCUGGUGACUAGUGCAGGUUUCAUCUACAUAGGGGUCGUCGUGUGGAUUCUUGAACAACCUACAAAUACCGAGCUUGGGGCCUCACUUCGAGAACGACUUGAAACAAGCCUUUGGUACUCCUUUUUAACUCUCAUAUUUGCCCAACGAGAAAGGAUUGAGAAUAACUUAACAAGAGUUGUAUUGAUCACAUGGGUGUUCUUCAUACUCAUCUUAACACAGAGUUACACAGCAAGCCUGUCAUCGACCUUAACAACACGACAGUUGCAGCCAACAAUCACAGAUGUUAGUGACAUAAAGAAUAAUGGAUAUUAUGUGGGAUACCAAGGUGGUUCAUUUGUAAGAGAUUUCCUGAGAGACCAUUUGCAUUUGGAUGAAUCCAAGUUCAGGAAUUAUAGCACUCCGGAGGAAUUUCAUUAUGCUUUAUCUAAUGGAACUGAUCGUGGAGGAGUUGCUGCCAUUUUGGUUGAAAUUCCUUUUGUCCAAGUCUUUCUCAAUAUGUACUGUAAUAAAUACACCACGGCUGGACGCACCUACGCAUCUGAAGGAUUUGGCUUUAUCUUCCCUAAAGGCUCUCCUUUAGUCUCUUAUGUGUCUAGGGAAAUUUUAAAUAUCACUGAUGAUGGGACAUUGAACGAAAUUAAGAAAAAGUGGUUAGGAGAUCACACAAAAUGCAACAUUGCAGAUGCUUCUUCAACAUCCACCAACCAGCUCACUUUGCGAAGCUUUGGAGGCCUCUUCCUCAUCAUAGGAGUCGUUUCAGGCCUUUCACUAUUAAUCCACUUGUUCCUGUUUGUGUAUGGCAGUUGGCAUGUACAAAGCACUAGGAUGCCUCUAAGCUUAUCUUGGAAAAAUUCUAAACAUGCCAUGAAAAGUCAACCUAAAGCAGGUGAGGACAUAGAACAAGGCACUGUUGAUGAAGAAGUUGGAGCCACAGAACUUCAAACAAUGAGUGCCGAGCACAAGGAAGAACCCACUGUUGAAGGGGGCAUUGUUGAAGGAGGCAUUGUUAAAGAAGAAGAAAUUGUUUCGGGUUUACGGGAUUCAAGGUGCGGUAAGACACUAUGGUACAUCCGGUCAUCUGGUCUUUACAGGAAAAAUAUCAACAGGAUUGUGUUUCCGAAUACUUUCCAUUAA